UCAGCCAAAACUCACAUGGUUCGCCGUAAUUUUGAUACUGUCUCAUAUGCCAGGUUCAUAUUUGAGCCACACACGAUCAGCCAUAUUGUUAUCACCGCCUGCUCGUCAAUAGUUGAGCGCACACAAGAAACAGAAAUGUCACUCAUCCAGAGCUUCAUUUCACGUUUUGUGCCCAUUGUCAAGGCAGGCGAUGAGGAGUUGGUUGAUCCUCUUAAGGUUCUUCGUGAGCAAUGCUCACAGAAGCCAAAUUGCGUCAAGUUCCAGGAGAGACUGAGCACGUGUAACGAUCGAGUCAAUUCCAGAAAGGAAACUGAGGAAACCUGCCUCGAAGAGAUCAUAGAUUAUGUUAGCUGCGUAGAUCACUGUGCUUCAAAAACCCUCUUCAGCAAGCUCAAGUAAAUGGGAGAAUUCACCAGAAUGGAGAAAAAAAAUAUCGGUCCUUCCGAUCCCUGAAUUAUACUUACCAUAGUUAUACUUGUCAUGUACAUAAAAAUUUGAAUCUAGUAAUAGAGGAAAAAAGAAAUCAACUGUUAUUGGGAAUCAUUCAUUAAAGACACGAACUUUUUUUUAA